CGCAAAUUUCAAACAGAGUUUUGACGUUCAAACGGGUGUUGUUUAUGAACAGUUUAUAAUUUAUCCAAUUCUAGUGGCCGAGAAAAAGAAAAAAUGGCUUUGAUACAGUGGCAAGACGUUGUUUUUAACUGGAUUAACUGUGUGUUUGAUGACGUCGACGACACAUGUUUUACGAAGGGUGCCCGUGGAAGAUUGUUGGCUAGGCUUCUGAAGCUAACUUCCAGUUCAGACGAUGUGACAUGGAAAGAAGCUGAAGUUUUUGACACUGACGUAAUUGAAGGCUUAACAUCGUUUAUUAAAGAACAUUUCCCAAGCUAUUAUUUGGACUCUGAACUGUAUCGUGUCAUAAGUGAUGAAGACUGUGAGGAACUUUUGUGUUUACUGUCUUUAAUUUUAUUUUACUGCACGAUGAGAACUAGUGCUUCGGACUGGAUACAAAAUGCUCUGUGCUGCAGGCUUAGUGAAGAAAUGCAAGUCCGUGUGAAAACAUUUAUUGAGAAAAUACCAAAUGAUACCAGUGCUGUCACAAAAACAUUGGUAAAGGAAGCAACUCUAGAAAGUGGAUUGUAUUCUGGUAGUCCUCCUGUGAUGUUCAGCUACAGUCCCCAGACAAAUUCGUUGCUAAAAGGACAACAGAAUGCAACCCCUCUGAAGUGUUACUUCCAGUCCCCCCUGAUACAGCAACAAAAACGCUCCGUCGUAGAAAAUAGGGAGGUACGUAAACUUAAAUCACAGCUUGAUUCGGUGACAUGUGAAUAUACGGAUCUUCAAGAGGAGCUGCAGCAAGCACAAGAACAAAUAAGAGUUCUGAAUGAAAAAUACCAAGAAAAAGCCCAGGAACUGGCAAAACUUCACAAGGAGAUGGACUCAAGAGAACAGGAAGCAAGUGUACCAAAUGACAAAAAUUGUAAAUGUGAAACAUCACAGAAACUGAAGCGCGAAUUGAAGUCCACACAGAAUUAUGUGAAAGUAUUAGAAGAUAAAAUGUCUGAUGCAGAGGGAGUAAACUAUAAACUGGAAAAGAGGGCAAAACAUGCAGAACAGUGUUCAACAAAUUUUAAAAAGAAAGUUGACGAAUAUGAAAGCACACUUCACAAAAUGGAGGAGGAUUUACGAACAGCAGAAGAAAGAAUCAAAGAGUUGGUCGAACAAAACAUCGAGUUAAAUGAUUUCGUAGAAAAGCAAAGAAAGGUGCAAGACAUCAGUACAGAUCUUGAAAUGUCAGUUAUUGCAACUUUACCAGAUAGUGCUGAAAACCUUGGACAAACUGUAGUUGAUCUGCAGCUCCAUGAGCAAAUAGAGGAAAACAAGAAAUUAAGGAUACAACUUGAAGAAAAGAUUGCUCUACAAGGUGAUCUGCAAGAAGAACUGCAGCAAGUAAAAGCAAAAUUAGAUUCACUUCAAAAGGAAAUAGAAUGUUUAUCUCUACAGAAUAGUUUGCUGGAAAAAGAGAAGUGUGGUCUGAAUGAACGAGUAGUGGAAAUAGAUGCUCUAUUACACAGCAAAUGUGAAGAGAGGGAUGAAAUUUUAAAACAACAUCAAGCUGAUAAGCAAAAACUUAAAGCUCUAACGGAGGAACUUGAUGAAUCUUUAAGGACAGCAGAAAAGCUCAGAUUGUCUUUAGAUAAUGCUGUGACAGAUAAAUGCCAUCUGACAAGUGAAAAUGAAUUACUUAUGAAUGAAAUGAAUGAAGUUAAAAAGAGGCUUUCAGAUGAGCAAGCAGAAAGAAUGGCACUUUCUCAUGAAUUGAAUGUGUCCAAGUCAUCAGUGUUGAAACUUGAAACCGAUUUAAAAACUUCAAAUCAUCAAAUUGGAGAGCUAGAAAAGCUAAAAGAUGAUCUGUCAGUUCAGUGCAAGAAUUACGAAACACAAAAUGAAACACUUACUUUGAAACUGACAGAAAUUCAGUGUAGGGUGCAUGUGCUGGAGGAAGAGCGAGAUUCUUCAUUUAGAAAACUGGAAACUGAAAAGGCUGUUGUGAAAGAACUAAAUGAAGCUGCUAAUUCUUUGAGAGCAGAGAUCCUGGAGCUAAAAGCAAUUAAUCAGGAGUUAUCAUUACAAGAGAAACAGCUGAAAUUCGAUAAUAAUACCCUUCUUGAAAAUGCAAAGAUGGCAGAAAACAGGUUACUGGGCUUAGAAGAGCAGAAAAGUGAAUUACGGUCACAACUUGAGAGAGCUAAUAUCGAUCUUGUGAAUCUGAAAAACAAUAGCAAAAUCCAAAAUGAGGUUUAUCAGCAGAAGAAUCAAAUUUUAGAACAAGAAAUAGAACAACUGUCGAGUAAAACUCUGUCACUCGAGUCGCAGAUCACAAACCUUGAUAAGCAUAAGCAGCAUCUCACAAAGAAAUUUGAGACUGUGGAAAUUGAACUUAAUAAGGAAAAACAGAACAACAUAGAAUUACUUGAGGAAAAAUCAAAGAUUCUAAAGGAAACUCAAGAAAACAUCACAAAGGCACAUAAUAAAGUUGUUGAAAUACAGGCUUCAUUCAACAAAGAACUAACAAGAGUCACACAGGAGAGAGACAGUUUCAAAUUAGACCUCUGUCAGGCACAGGAGGAAAUUCAAGCAUUGGAAAACAAUGUUCAAAAAACUUCAGGAACUCUAAAUAUUUUCCAAAAUGAGUUACACCAAGUUUUAUCUGAAUUUAAACAUGUUGUAAGUAAUUUUGUUGAUGUCCGUGAAAAGUUAGCUGAAUAUGGAUCAUUGCAGGAAGAAACCUUUGACAAAUUGUUUGCAAUAAAUGUUCAAGAUAUAGGUGACAUUGAUGACAAAUUGACAAAGUCUGACUGCAAUUCCACUGGUGGCAAUGACUGUACCAUCAUUACAGAGUCAAACAACAUGAAAAAUUUAAAAUUAUUUAACGCCACACUUAAUGUGUUCUAUGAAUUUGUACUUUCUAUUUGUUCAAAGUACAAAUUUCUUCAAAAUGAAAUAAUUAAAUUUCAGGCAGAUAAUAAUGAAAUGAAAAAACUAAAUGAAGUUAUAGCUAAACAGAAUCAUACACUCAUGGCAGAUAAUACUUCCCUUCACAGUGAGGUGCAAGCCUACAAAAUAAAAGAAGAAAUAAGUAAGAAGUUGGAUAUGGAAGUAAAACAGUUAUCAGAUACUGUUACCACAUUGGAGAAAGAAAAUUGUUUAUUGUUAGAGAGUAGUAAUAAACAAAAAAUUGAGAUAGAAACAUUAAAUGCUCAAAUCCAGCCACUUCUUGCCAAGAACUUGAGUUUGAAAGAUGAAGUAAAAGAACUAAUCAGCCAGAAUAAGCAAAUGAAGGAAUGUUUAGCAGAGGCACGAUCAUCAUCCUUGAAACUGGGAGAAGUAUGUUGGAAGCUGAUAUCUAGGAAGCUUGAAGCUGAUGUGAUUUUUGAGAAAGUUUUUGUAGCUAAACAUCAGUUAUCACAAAAACUGACUGAUGCCGGAAGGUGUCUGAAUAUUGUUGAAGCUACAUAUGGCAAAAAAAUAUCUGCUCUGUCAUUGACAGAUAACAUUAGAGCAUCAAAAUUGGAAAAUGAAGCAAAAUUAUCAUGUGUUGAGAAGGAAUUUUAUACCUUGACUAAGGAAGCUCUGAGUGCUUUGCAUAUGUGCCUGGAUCAAACUAAGAAAAAUGUUGAUCAGUAUGAAAUUAUUUUUAAAAAAAUAAGCAAGAUGAAAUUUAUGAAAACAUCUGAAGAUGCACCAGGCUGUGUCACUGAUUUGUCUUCUAUGGAUAAUGCUCUUAGUGAUAAAUGUGAAGAAUCUAGUUCCACAGAUUCCUUUGAUUUCAUAACGUUGACUGAAUUAACAUUAAAGUCUAUAGAAAGUCGAAUUUGUGGUAUGUUGUCUCAGAUGGAAUUAGUUCUAGAGAGCUGUAGGUUCUUGGAAACAAAAUGUAAUGAAACAUUUGAUGUGAAACCAGACAGUCUAACUAGCAGUAGCAGUCUUAAUGUAUUAAACCCUAAGACAAGCCUUUGCAGUGGCCGUGAUCUAUCUUCUGAAGAUGAUGGCUGGAACCCAGAAGACUCACUUGAACCAAAGAAUUCCCAUCAUGAUGAGAUAGAUAAGCAGCAUUGUUUCGAUACUGCAGCACGAAAGGAAGACUUGGAAAAGACACUCUCAGUGUACAAAGUUAAAACUCAACAACUUAAUGAAGAGCUCUUGUCUGUCAAGUUGUCUUUGAGUGUAAGCGAGAGUGAAAAAUCAGAAUUUCAGAAACAGCUAAUGGAAGUAAGUAAUGAAAAUGAGAUACUGCGGAAGGAGAAUGCAGCACUUUCAACUUUGAACUCUAAGCUAGAAGACAAACUGAAAGAAAUGGAGCAGAAUUUUAAGAUAAGGGGAGAGAAUUACACUCACCAUCUUAGUACAGGCUAUGCAGCAUUAAAAUCAGAACAUUCUGCUACAAAAGCAAAGCUUUCUGAGAAAGAAAAUGAAGUCCUGGAACAGAAGAAACUUAAUAUAAAGUUGAACAACCAGUUCCAGAAGGAAAUGCAGAUAAAACUGGCAGAAAUUCGUGAAGAAUAUGAACAAAAGCUAGAAAAUUUAAAGUCAAAGAUGAGGGUAGCGUACCAGGAGGAGGUGGGGAAAAUAAGAGAAAAACUUACAGCUGCUGAAGAAAAGAUGUUGUGGUAUCAGAAUACAAAUACGAAGCUGAAGUCAAAAUAUCAAGAAGUAUGUUCAAGAUUGGCUAGUGAGUCUAAAGAGAAAAAUUUUCUAGAGAAACAUCUCUACAAAACACAGAACAGAGAUGGUCGGAUGGCACUCACCAGUGUUGGGGAUGUGCCAGGAGAGCUGAGUGUCCAGUGUAGUGCAUCAGAAGACCCUGUAUUUGCCUUACCACAGGAUAUGGAUAAACGACAAAGUAUCGCUAGUGUUGUUGAUGAAAGGAUUACUUAUGUUACAAGACGGAGUGUGCACAAAGCAGUCCCUGCAGGAAUGGGUAGAGUAUUCCAUGAGGAAGAUGAAGAGGGAGAAGUAUUCAAUAACACAUAUCUUUCUGAUGUGAAAGCUGGACGUUGUAACUUCAGAGUAGAGGAUAGUAACAAUCGCAUCUCUGAACUGCAAUAUCGGAACUCAUUGUGUCCACCACAUCUAAAAUCAUCUUACCCAGCAGAAACCCAGUUUCAUGACCCUUCUGUGGUAAAGGAUGAUGAUAUAAAGUUGGGAUUGAUUGAUAUGGAUCAUUUUGAUAGUUUAAGUACUAGUUGUCUACUACCAGAGGAAAAACCACGUAAAAAGGAUAAAGGGCAGAUUACAUACAAUAAACCUGGCCCUCCUACACCUGGGAAGAAAGGGAGACUUUCUCUGCAGGGCACAGAUGCUUCACAAACACCUCGGUCAAUACUGAAGGAAUUUAACGAAUCUACCAGUAGCCGUAAAGGAAAUACACCAAGCCGUAUCAAAGCACUCUUCUCAACUAAAAGCACCCGUCGAGAUGAGAAUGUGCCAGUCACCCCACGAGGUAGAGGUCUCAGCCUCUUCAGGAAACCUACAAAAAGUAGACUACCUUAAAAGUGACAAUUUCAUAAUAUGAAAAAAAUAACCUGUAAUUUUUCCAUAAUUUUUAUUUAUUUUUUUCUUGUGGAACUGUUCUAAACCAUUAACUAAUACCUGCUUGUCUUCUCUGCCAUGCAGUUCUUAUUCAGAACAAGAUUUCUUGUUCGUAAUCUAAUCUGCUAAUUUUAUGAUCCUAUAGCAGUGGAUUUUUCUACAAAUACAGAACAGAAUUAAUGUAGUUGUAAAUAUAUUAAUAUGCACUCAAGCUGUUAAACUAAGAAUGUGAAUAUCACAGUAAGUAAUUCAAAGAAUCUAUGUAUAUAUGAUAACUAAAAUUAUAGUUAGGCUAAUUGAGACUCUGAAAAGAAUUAAGGAAGGGAUAGUGAAAGUUGUACAGUAUAUAAUACACAUCACUGCAUGGAACACAAAAGUGGGAACAGGCAGAAGAAUGAAAGGCAUUUUGCUUGUAUUUUUAUUAAUUUAGGUUCAUGGUCCUGUUGUUUAAUUCUCUUGCUCCAAAUAUUAAUAAAAAUUGAUAAAAACAUUCAGCUGCAAUUGCGUUCAUCUUUGUGAUACAAUUAAAGUUAAACAGCAGGAUAUUAACAUACUUUAAUUUAUAUCUUGACGGAUCAAUGCACUCUGCAAUUGUUGAUAAUAGUGUUUGGUAUUUUUGUGGAUUUUAAUCACUUGGUGUACAUUAUGUGUAACAGAUCACUUUUUAAAUAAAUUUCUACAGUUAAAUUUAGUAAAUUUUCCAUUCUCAGUUUUUCACACAAUCUCCAUAACAAGACAUACUUCCUUUCCAACUACAACUUCCAUCUCGUGGACUUCGUAACACUCACUCAACCUUGCACUGGCUUUUAUACAAAUGACAAGUUGUGCCUACUUUCCAUGUUGUUACAAUUUUAAUUUACUGUGAUUUACAAUGAAAAACAUUGCAUUAAAAAAAUAAAAUAAAAUUAUAAGUCUGAGAACAUAGCCUGCAAAAAUGACAAACAAAGUUGAAAUAUAUAUUUUUGUUAAAUAUAAAGCUUUUCUGUAGAAAAUUACAUAACAUGUUUUUUAACAGUCAAUUUUUAGGUAUAUAACUUUCAGAAAUAUAAUCCAGGUACUAAGUAUUAGCUGCCACCAAUUGUAAAAUCUCCAGCAAUAAAGUGCUUUUAUUUCAUACAAAGAAUUCUUUUUAAAAUCUCACUGUAAUUUGAUAGCAUACUAAAUAUUUGCAUUCUAAGCUAUAGACUAUAUCAUUUUAUAAUGUCUUCCAUUAAAAUGUUCUAUUUAUUUCAUACAAUAUUUUCAUUAUAUUAAUAAAUCUUUGUGAAUUUUAAAAGUGUUCAGAUAACUUUAUGGGAACGUGUAUGCACUACGUUCCAGUUUGAACAGAAUCAUAAUUUUUCAUAAGAAAUCAGAUCAUGCACUUCUACACUGUAGGUCAUAUUUUGCUAAACAAUUAUUAUUAUUAUUGUCGUUGUUGUUAUAUGUUACAGACAGAAAUAUAAUAAAUUGAAAGAUUUGUCGCCUACUCCUGUAUGAAAAUCUAUGGUUGUAACAACUGUGUCCUCGAUUCUGAGCUCUCAAUGUCUUGUCAUUACAGAUAAUUUAACAUUCUUCAACAUUAAACUAAUUCUCUAGUUUUAUGCAAUAAAGUGCGU